AUGAUCGUGCAGGAUUUGCCUCCGGAACACGUCUGUAAAAUUCUCAAGGACUAUGGUGUUAUGAGCAAUCGCAAGUUUUGCAAUGAUAAGCAUGUCCACCUUGACGCGUUGAAAUAUUCUGCGUUGUUCCUCAAGCUAUCGGUGUUCUUCAAUAACUACUUCGUUCCGGUUGCCACUUCACUGCCCCUCACCAAACUUGACUAUAUCAAGGACCGUCUCCCACUCAGUACCAGUUUUCUCCCUGCAGAUGUGCUUCGCUGCUGGAGCAGGACAAGUGAGCAAUAUAUUCUCUUUGUCAGAGUUAUCGCCAUCGGAGUUAGCUUGGUCCAUCUUCCUCUUCCGACUCUAACAAGUGGCGUACCCUUAAAUAACACGCGAGUGAAGAAACUCGCCAUCUCUUCAGAUUUCUUCCGACCAAUCAUCCCCAAAGGCAGGCCCUCAGGGAGCACAUCUGACAAUGAGUGGGCUACGAGAGGGUCUGUCGCAGUUGGAUUCAGUUCCCAGACCACUGACACGUCCUCGGACACGGAGAAUUCAGGUACACGAUGGAGUUGGGCCUUCGUAUCUUCGAUCUGA